AGAAGUAGUGCAGGCUACCAGCAAUUUUUAGAGCAAGAAAAAUGAAGCUCCCUGUUUUUGUAGUAGAUGCAUUUACAGCAAAAGCAUUUGGUGGGAAUCCUGCUGCUGUUUGCCUCCUAGAAAAUAAAUUGGAUGAAGACAUGCAUCAAAAAAUUGCAAGAGAAAUGAACCUCUCUGAAACCGCUUUUAUCCGAAAACUGCACCCCACUGACAACUUUACACAAAGUUCCUGCUUCGGAUUAAGGUGGUUUACGCCAGCGAGAGAGGUUCCCCUAUGCGGCCACGCCACCCUGGCUUCUGCGGCUGUGCUGUUCAACAAAAUAAAAAACGUGAAUAACGUUCUAACCUUUGUCACUCUGAGUGGGGAACUGAAGGCCAGAAGAGCAGAGGACAGUAUUAUCUUGGAUCUACCUCUUUAUCCUGCCCACCCCCAGGACUUCCAUGAAGUGGAGGACUUGAUAAAGACUGCCAUAGGUGAUACACGGGUCCAAGACAUCCGUUAUUCUCCAGAUACCCGAAAACUCCUUGUCCGACUCAGUGAUACUUACAAGAGGUCAUUCCUGGAGAACCUGAAGGUGAACACCCAGGAUCUGCCGCAAGUGGAAAACACAGGCAAGGUGAAAGGACUCAUUCUCACCCUUAAAGGAGAGCCUGGAGGGCAGACCCAAGCAUUUGACUUUUACUCCAGAUAUUUUGCACCGUGGGUUGGUCUGGCUGAAGACCCCGUAACAGGGUCGGCACAUGCUGUUCUCAGCAGCUACUGGUCUGAGCAACUGGGGAAGAAAGACAUGCACGCCUUUCAGUGUUCCCGCCGAGGAGGAGAACUGGAGAUUUCACUGCGUCCUGAUGGACGGGUUGACAUUAGGGGAGGCACUGCUGUUGUUUUAGAGGGCACUUUGACAGCCUAGAAAUGGUUGUGGUUCGAUGCUGUGAUUUUUGAAUAACUAAGUAUUUUCUGCAUAAAAAGAAAUUUAGGGGCGCCUGGGUGGCUCACUUGUUAAGCCUUGAGUGUCUGUUUUUGGCCUGGGUCACGAUCCCAGAGUUCUGGGUUGGAGCAGGGCACAGGGCUCCCUGCUCAGCGGGAAGCCUGCUUCUCCCUCUCC